CUCAUGAGGAGCCGGAAGCUGGCAGGUGGAGUGCGGUCCUCGGCGCGCCUCCGAGCCCGGAGCUGCUUGGCCACAUCGGCCUCGGCCCAGGAAGCCCGCGUCGCCACGUCUGCCCGGACGGCAUGUCAGCCUUCCUCAUCACAAAAGGCCACCGACAGGCGAACGUCCAAGAAGUUCAAGUACGACAAAGGUCAUCUUGUGAAGUCAGAAUUCCAGAAACCCAUCCCCCAGAGUGACAGCACUGCUGUGCCCACAGCGACCCCCGAGACCCCGGGUCAAUGCGAGCCUCUGGCAUCGGCCGAGGACAGGGCCAGGCUUCCAGGAAAGGAAGCCAGCGGCUCCGCUCCUCAGGGGACCACAGGACUCCCCCGGGGGCACUGUGGAGCCAUGAGUGACACCUGCCCGGUAGAGACUGAGGACAGGCCACCCCCGCUGAGAUGCGGGGCCCCUGCGGGAGGACAGUCCGGCAGUGGCUGCCCCGAGAGGGACGGGGUGGCGGCGGACCUGGAGCAGAGCCACACGCCUCCACUGCAGAUGGACAACAGCGUCCUUCUCGACGACGACAGCAACCAGCCAAUGCCAGUGAGCCGCUUCUUUGGAAACGUCGAGCUUAUGCAGGACCUCCCGCCAGCGUCGUCAUCCUGCCCUUCGAUGAGCAGACGCGAAUUCAGGAAAAUGCAUUUCAGAGCCAAAGACGACGACGACGACGAUGCCAACGGUGCAGAAACAUAG